AUGCACGCCAGACCGCUUGUCACUGGGCGCAUUGUGUCGAGGACCAUUGGCACAUGCAAGUCGACAUCGACAGUGUCCUCUCGCGCCACAUUCUCCUCCUCUGCAAAGCUCAAGGCCAGAAACCAGAUCUACGCAUCAGUUCGAAACCCAGAUCAGUUCAACACCUACCUCCUCCUCUCCUCCUCCGCGCGCACGCCGCUGCUCACGCUCUGGACCACCAACUGGUGUCCGACCUGCAAGGUCGUGGGCCCGCUUCUCCAGUCCCUCGUCGAGUCCGGCGUGGGUGAGGCGGAGGGCGGCGUCGGCUACUGCACGGUCGAGUUCGACGCGCCGGACGUCAUGGCCGGCGCGCUGGGGCUGACGUACAUGAUCAACAGCGUGCCGACGCUGCUGAGCUUCGACGCCGGCGAGGCCCAGGUCGCCACCAAGCUCGCCGACGGCAACAAGCUCAAGGACAGGCGCUUCCUCGAGGAGUGGAUCCGCACGGAGGCGCGGCGGCACGGCGGUCGUGGAGGCGGAGGGCCUGGCGGCGGAGCUGCCUUUGGAGGGCUGUUCAGUGGCUGGAAGCGAUAG